CGCAGAUGAGGAGGAGGCGGCGGCCGCGGUGGCAGAAAAGGCGGCGGCGGCGGGGGUAGGGAGCCUGGAAACGCAAGCGGGGAUGGUAGGUGGUUUGGACCCGCCGGGCCGCCGUCGUUUCCAGAAAGGGUUUGACUGGAGGAACCUCUGGAGCAGCUGUUGGCUGGCUCCUCUAACUGAUGGCAUGUUGAAGUACAUGGGCCAGCAGCAACGAGGGCAUCAGAUCCAGAGGGGGCCACUCUAGAGGCCAGGCCAUCACCACCAUGGGCCAGUGUGUCACCAAGUGCAAGAAUCCUUCAUCAACCUUGGGCAGCAAGAAUGGAGAUCGUGACCCUAGCAGCAAGUCACACAGCAGGCGGGGAGCUGGCCACCGUGAGGAACAGGUGCCACCUUGUGGCAAACCAGCUGGGGAUAUCCUUGUCAAUGGGACCAAGAAAGCAGAGGCUGCCACUGAGGCCUGCCAGCUGCCAACAUCUUCUGGAGAUGCUGGGAGGGAGUCCAAGACCAAUGCUGAGGAGUCUUCCUUGCAGAGGUUGGAAGAACUGUUCAGGCGCUACAAGGACGAGCGGGAGGAUGCAAUCUUGGAGGAAGGCAUGGAGCGCUUUUGCAAUGACCUAUGUGUUGAUCCUACGGAAUUUCGAGUGCUGCUCUUGGCCUGGAAGUUCCAGGCGGCUACCAUGUGCAAAUUCACCAGGAAGGAGUUUUUUGAUGGCUGUAAAGCAAUAAGUGCAGACAGCAUUGAUGGGAUCUGUGCACGGUUCCCUAGCCUCUUAACAGAAGCCAAACAAGAAGAUAAAUUCAAGGAUCUCUACCGGUUUACAUUUCAGUUUGGCCUGGACUCUGAAGAAGGGCAGCGCUCACUGCAUCGUGAAAUAGCCAUUGCCCUGUGGAAACUAGUAUUUACCCAGAACAAUCCUCCUGUAUUGGACCAAUGGCUAAAUUUUCUAACAGAGAACCCCUCGGGAAUCAAGGGCAUCUCCCGGGACACUUGGAACAUGUUUCUCAACUUCACUCAGGUGAUUGGCCCUGACCUCAGCAACUACAGUGAAGACGAGGCCUGGCCGAGUCUCUUUGACACCUUUGUGGAGUGGGAAAUGGAUCGGAGGAGAAGAGAAGCAGAGGGGAGAGGUACACUCAGCUCAGGGCCCGAGGGCUUGUGUCCAGAGGAGCCGCACUGAGGAUCUGCCUGCUGCCCUGAGGAAUUGGACCUUUCUGGAAAUUACUGAAGAUCCGGAUAUUUUCUACUUUACACCUUUCUCUGCCUUGUAUUUGAAAGGGCUCUAAAAUGCUGUAUCAUGUUUUAGGCACUUUCUUCAUUUUUUUGGUUAUUUUGGUUAUUUCUUUUUUGGGCGAGAAAUCCCCCAAAAUAUUUGAACCUGGCUACAUGUUGUGUACCUUUUUUGAAGCCUUCAGAUAGAAUAAGCCUGCCAUUUCUUGCACAAAUGUAUUAGAUUCGUUUUGGUUUUG